CUCAAGCACCACAGCAAAGGGACACAGGAAUCAUGACUCCGCUAUCGAGGGCAGCCUCUAUGCAAGCUCCUCCAACAACAGACACCUUUCCCACAGCUGAUCUUCAAGGCAGAAUACAUCACGAAGAAUCUCUCUUUUCUUUCAUCUUUCCUCUCUGAAACUCACAUUUAAGUUUUCUGGAAUUAAAAUUUUGCUACGACGAGAUGAGUGUGAAAAAAAAGGCUGCACUUGUCAUCAGCUGGCAGAAGUCAUUUUCCAUCAUGGCCCCUUGGAGGAAAGGUAAAGGAGGCAGUAAAAACACAUUACUGGACAGUGAGGUUGUCCUGACAAAAAUGAAGCUUUUUAUUGACCAGGACAACUCACACCCCGAGCUGAAUUCUCAGCUUGAUGAAAAGCCUGGGCAGCCUCAGAUCAAGCCUGGCUCCAAAUAUCCAUCUGCCAUUUUGUCAGAUACUCAUCUCUCAAACUUGUUCAAGUGUGAAUCAGAGGACUCUGGAGUGGAGCUUCCCAGCGGAGCUCAUUCACCAUCCACCCCAACAGGAUCUGAGCAGAGCUUUGUGGUGCACAGUCGAGAGUCUUCCUGUGACUCCUCCAACUUAAACUCUGAGCCCACCGUCCUCUCUGACAGACUUGUUGCAGAUACAAACAGCACUGAGAAAAACCAGGCAAAUGACUCAGCGGAUAACAGUUUAAAUACAACAGUGGAUACACAGGAUGGUUUGUUAAUUCAUUCAAAUACACUUAUUUCUUCGGCUAUAACAGUAGAGUUGCACAUAGGUGAGGAUGUGAACCACUGCAGGGUUUCAGGUCCUGAACAAAGUGAGGAUGCUGAAGAGUCCAGGGCUGUGACAGGAAGGACCGGCUCAGAGGAUACGAGGCUUGUAGAGCAAUCCUUAAUACAAAGCUGUGACGACAUGACAAGCAAAGUCUUUGCACCCGAGCCUAUUAAAAGGAGUAUCACCAGUGACAGCCUGGAUGAGUACAUGGAUGAAUGCUGCAGAUUAAGUAAGGCGCAGCAAGUGAGUCCCAGCCCGCUAUCUUCAGGACUCGGUUACCUGGAGCACAUCUGUCAACUCGUUGAGAAGAUCAGCCAGAUGCAGGAGACUAACCUCCAGCUGCAGAGGCAGAUCUGCAGUCUGCAAAAGGAAUGCAGGAUGAGAAAGGCCAAAGAGGACUUCUUCAAAGACUACUGCAGCUGUGGUGCAGCCAGUUUAGCCUUCCAGGAUUUCCAGAAAACGCAAUCCAGAGAUGAGUUUUCAUCGCCCAGUGGAACUCUCUCAGACCUGUCAGCCGUUCCAGAGGUCACACAGCACCCACUCAUAUCGACCGGUGGAGGAGUUACAGGUGGUGGUUUCACACUCGCUCCUCCGUGCAGGAAGAGCCUAAGCCAAAGGAGUCACACUGAGGGGGAGGUCCACGGGGACAGCACUGAGGGGCUCUCCAUCCAUCAGCACACACUGAGUGAAAACAGCACGUGGGCCAGAGUCAAAGACGUGGUAAGGAAGACUAAGUUAAGGAAUCACAGCAGGCUGGGAGCAGCCUCAGCUUCACUGAAGAUGUCCUGCCCACAGCUCUACAGGCCUGAUCUGGGACCAGUACAAUCAUCUAGCACCAGCAGGAACUCUAUGAUUGCUUUGGGCCACCGGAGUACACUGGACUUCCCGUGGCUUGAGUAAAGAUCCGGGUAGUGAAGAGUGCUUUUGAUAAAAGAGCAGAACGACUUGAUGCUGGCCAGACGACGGUUGUAGCAUCUCCAAAAUAAUGAGAACAGUAGUUUGGAGUACUAAAGGGUCUGCGUCCUAAUCAUUUCAUUAUCAGAAGCAAACCUGGCUGUUUGUUUUGGACUAUACAGACUCAGCAAAAGCAGAUGCACACAUAGCAACAUGUGCAGCUUCCGCAUACAGGGACGUAAAUUAUGACACGUUUUUACUGAUGUCUUAUGUCUUUUUUAUUUGUUCCUCUUUAAAUGCACCACCAUUUCUUUCAGAUGUUGCUUCCAGACUGUCCUGUGAUUUUUUUAAAGUGUAAUAGUUCUUCACUCAGUUUCACUUUCAAGGCUUUUAUUUAUGAAUGUUUUGAGGAAUCGGGGAAAAGGGGACGACAAAGAAGAUUGUCGCGGCCUUUUACUUUCCAAACAAAAAAAUCUGAGGAAAGGCCGUGGGUGGCAACGGGAGGUUUGUUUUGCUACGCACUUCUGACUCCAUUGUUUAAAAUCAUAUGCCGUUUAUUUUGGGAAAAAAAAAUACAAACAGAAAUCAGCCAAAUAACUUCUUAAAAGUUAAACUUAAACGAAAGUUAACUUAAUUUGUUUUAACAAUUUCAAAAGUGGUCAAAAAAUAUUUUUUUAACCCUCCCGUCUUCCCAUCUGACAUUUGGCAAACAAAACAAAAAACCUCUUUACCACACCCAUCCAGGGUGCUCUUAAUCUCUUAAUUAAUGGGAGGGUCCAUAAACUAAUAAACCAAUCACUUAUCGAAUGCUUAUCCAAUAAAAUUAAUUACAAAUUAAGGUCAGUUUUUUGUUUGGAAAGUAAAAGGCCGCGACAAAGAUGUAGCGGGUCUAAAAGUCUAUCUGCAGCACGUGAACUGUAUCUGAAACUCAAGAAAUGAGAUCAAAUGCAGCAAAGAUCGGACACAUGGACUCUUCACCAAAGCUUCAUCAGAAACGGCCUCAGUAGAAGGCUGGCUGUCAGGAAGAUGGAGGAAAGGCUGAGGUGUGUCACAUUACACAAGAACUGACUGAAAAUCAGUGUCAGCGGGUCUGAUGAGGUGCUGAAGCCAAAUUUGAAGCAUUAGUCAAAAGUUAAAAUCAGCGAAUGAAGAUGUGAUCGGCUGAUUUCUGCCACAUGUAGUCAAGAAAUGACUUUGUCUGAUUUGUGGCCCAUUUCCGUUGGCAGCCAUAUUCCCAUACGUGCCUUUUACAUGUUGUCCAUCAGGUUUCGCUGACGUUUUAUGCUUCGCCGUUCCUUUCCUCCGUCUGGGGUUUGUUUUUGCAGAAACAGCCUGUGUGGUCGGGCCUCCUCGCUCUCCAGUGUAAUGAGCAGUUCAUGAAGUCAUCUUUUGAUUGGAGACUUCUGCUUCUGUGAGACUGUUGUGCUGAGCUGGUUCAGUCUUCAUGUUGAAGACGUUUUAUUUGACAGCUGCUAAACUUUGCACUCGCUCUCUCCAGCCUAGUAUGGCCUCGUCCACAGCAGCUCCUGUGACCUCAUAUUGAGACUUGUAGUGCACAGCUACCAAAGCAGGUUCAACAUUUCACAGCACGUCCAGUGUAACAAGAGAAUAAAACACCAUCUGGCCAUGAAA